AUGGACGAGGUGGAGUAUGAUGUCACCAAGGCUCGGCAGAAGAAGACCAAGGUGGGCUCCUUCCGAAUAAAUCCUGACAGGACGCAGGAGAGGAGAAAGAUCCCCUUAGCCCACUCGGAGGCUUUCCUAGCAGACCUGUUGGAUGGAGUGUGUGAGCCGAUGAACGACUACAAGCUGGAAGAAGACCCCGUGACCAAGGAGAAGGCAUUUAAGAGACUUGCCCCAAGGAAAGGAGACAAAACAUACAAAGAAUUUUAAAAAUUCUAUUUUUAUUCUGAUGCUUACAGACCUCUGAAAUUCGCGUGCAAAGCCAUAAUAGAAGAGCAUGAAGACGAAAUAUUCUCACUUAUCGCCCAGGAGGCACACCACCUCGCUGACAAGCUGUGCAGUAAAAAGGCAGAUCUCUGUGAAACCUCUGCUAAGCAAACUGAGCUCUAG